AUGAGCAUCGCGGACGCCCUGACGUGUCUGGCAUUUUCCCCCGAUGGCCUGAAAAUUGCCAGCGGCACUGCUCGUUCGGGGGUGACCAUUACCGACGUAUUGUCGAAGAGCAUGCACCAACUAGAGAUGCUUGCCGAGACCCAUACGCACGUUACAGCCGUAGCAUGGUCUCCCGACGGAGAAAAAAUUAUAAUUGCGUUACCAAAUCAUACGAUACGUUGCUGGGAUGCCACUUCAACACACCCUGUAGGGCCACUAUUUGGAAAGCACAAAGACCUGAUCCUCACGGCGGGAUUUCUUCCUGACUCAUCUCGCGCAAUAAGCUUGUCAAGGGAUGGAGAGUUGCUCGUUUGGGACACAGGAAGUGGGGCUCUAUCCAUGGAUGGUAGUCUCCUCUUUACUAGCGAUACAAAGGAGGGCGUUGCAUGGGAGAUACCAAAGUGCGCUCGAAUAGCGGAGAUUGCACUUCCAGAUAUACCAUUGCUUCAAGCCGCUAUCAUUCCGUAUAGUCAUCCUCAAGUAGUGCUUGCAUUUGGCGACAGGUCUUUCUGGAUAUGGGACACGAGCACAGGGAAGCAUGACGAUGCGCGCUUUGAAGGCCUCGAUGAAGAUGACAUCCCCUUUGCUAUGGCGGCUUCUCCUGAUGGCAAGCUUUUGGCGCUGGAAAUCGACGGCGACGUCGAUCACCCCACACAUUUCUAUGACAUGAAGGGUCACGAAUUCACCACCUCCAACAUGAAAUGCACCCAUCCAUUUGCAUUUUCACCGGAUGGCAAGUUCUUUGCGGCCUCGAGCGUGCCCUCGGAUUCGAAGGAUGGCUCUUGUAAGCUAGUCAUCCGUUCAGUGGAGGAGGCAAGCAUAAUUAUUGGUUGCAGCCCCCUUGAUUUGCCUGCAACGAUUACCCCAAAAGCCAAAGGCAAACAACGUUCGCUGGGACUCAACGCGGGGUUCUUCGAUCAACCGCCACUUCCUUCUGGCACAAAGCGUCGUCCUAUACGACCUGGACCUUCAUCAAGCUCUGUUCACCAGCAAGCCUCCUCAAGGACCACCAAUCGGGAACGGCAUAUCCUACCUCUUCCAAAAAUAUGGAAACGGAUUCGUCACCCUCGAUCUCGUAAGGCGAAGUCCACUGUAAGGGAGGCCCAGCAAACGUCCUCGAGAUCUCCCAGUAUGGAACCGCGUAUCCCACCUCUUGGCAACGUUUGGACGCGCAUUCGUCAUCCUCGGUCUCACAGGGCGGCGUCGACUCCACAUGUUGUCGAGGUACCGAGCGCACAAGCUAAAAGGAGGACUAUAGUUUCACGUCCACGUCGGACAACGACGGCUCAAUCUUCCAGUGGUGCCAGGCAAAAUCCCCAUUCGCAGUCAGCAUCAACUCAGGAAGGCUCGGCUCAGGCUUCUAGUGACAUUAGGCAUAACUACCAGGGAGCCACGGCCUCGGCACAGUCGUCUAGGCAAGCUGGACGAUCAAGACACACACAAGCCCACAUCGACAGAGAGGACCGGGAGAGCGUUGAUUCAGGGAUCUAUACGGAGCGGGAUAUCCAGAGCGUCAAAGCGCAUGGAUGCUGGAAUGUUUUCUGGGAUUGGUUAUGCUACAAAGUCAAUUCAUUUAUUGCAUCAGCGUUCUGA